UUUCUUCUAAAAAAACCUUUUUGGCAUACUUUGCCACAAAAGCUCUUUUUCAUUUGCAUUUAUGAAAAAAGUCCCCUCCUUUCUUUUUCUUCUCUCUCCCUCUUAACUCUCUCUGUGUUUAGUUAUUACAUGCUCUUAUUGCUGCAUUGAAUAACCAAUCUACACCCAACUCCAAAAACCCUGUUAUUUAUUAUUACCAUUUUAUAACUUGUGACUCACCUUGCUCAAAUUUAACACUUUUACUAUUUUAUUUUUUUGUCCUUUUUUUUGUACUUUUUUUCCUCCUACAUAUACUCUUUCUUCUCUUACUUCUAAAGCUUCCAUUGUCUUGUUGUUGUUGUUGUAACUUUUGUUGUUUGCUGUUGUGAAAAACAUAUGGCAAUGUGCCAAACAAACAAGAGUUUUGUUGGCAUGAAGGUGUUAUGUGUGUUUGUGUUCAUAGGUUUUGUGAUUGUGGAAGGUUUAGAGAAUGGUAAUGUCACAGAGAUGCAGUUUGUUAGAGGAAGAGGUUUCUACAAUAGACCUUUGAUGGUUGGUCUUACUCUUAUCAAUGGAGCUGCUGCUAAAGGAGCUGUUUGUCUGGAUGGAUCUUUACCGGCUUACCACUUCCAUCGCGGAUACGGUUCAGGAUCAAACAGUUGGUUGAUACAUCUAGAGGGAGGAGGCUGGUGUGGAACUAUCAGAAACUGUAUUUACAGUAAGAAAACGCGGCACGGUUCAUCCUAUUUUAUGGAAAAACAAAUACCGUUUAUCGGAAUAUUGAGCAGCAAAGCCGAGGAAAAUCCAGAUUUUUACAAUUGGAAUCGAGUAAAAGUUCGUUAUUGUGACGGGGCAUCGUUUAGCGGAGACAGUCAAAAUGAGGCAGCAGGGUUGUAUUUCAGAGGGCAGCGCAUUUGGCAGGCUGCAAUGGAAGAUUUAAUGUCGAAAGGAAUGCGAUAUGCCAAACAGGCUCUUCUAUCCGGAUGUUCUGCGGGAGGUUUAUCAGCUAUACUACAUUGCGAUGAGUUCCGGGAAUUGUUUCCAAGAACCACUAGAGUAAAGUGCUUUAGCGAUGGUGGAUUAUUCCUUGACUCCGUUGAUGUAUCUGGCCGUCGUAGUUUAAGGAAUUUGUUUGGAAGUGUAGUCAACUUACACGGUGUGCAUAAUAGCCUUCCGAGGAGUUGCACCAGUCGCCUCAAUCCAAUUUUGUGCUUUUUCCCGCAGCGUUUAAUCGCGAGUGUUAGGACCCCGCUAUUUCUUCUCAAUGCAGCUUAUGAUACUUGGCAGAUUCAAGCUAGUCUAGCUCCACCGUCUGCUGACUAUCGUUGGAAUUGGUUUGAAUGCAGAAAAAACUACGCACGCUGCAGUUGGCCACAGAUACAAUUUCUACAAGGUUUUCGAAACCAGAUGCUUAGAGUUACAAGACGAUUCUCAUGGUCGCGCCAAAACGGAUUAUUCAUUAAUUCGUGUUUUGCUCACUGUCAAUCCGAAAGACAGGAUACAUGGUUUGCUCGCGGUUCUCCUCAUAUUGGAAAUAAAGGUAUCGCGGAUUCUGUCGGGAACUGGUUUUUCGACCGAGUCGGUGUUCAAGCCAUAGGCUGUGCUUACCCUUGUGACAAAACCUGUCAUAAUUUGGUUUUCAACUAAAAGUAUCAUUCUUUCAUUACUUUUGUUCUGCUCUUGCACUGCAAAUAAGUGCUUGGAGUUCAAGAAAGGGAAAAAAAGUCAGAAAUUAAUUAUAAUUUUCAUUCAUGUAUACAUAAACCUUUACUUGCAUAUGCUUAUUCAGUUUUGGUUGAAUAACAUUUUUUGCUAGUUAGUAGAUUUUGGUUCCAACCUAUGGAACUUUCAAACAUCAUUGUAAUCCAAAUAUCUAUCUCUUUACAGAUUAUAUAUACUGUUGUAUUUCUUCAAGUUCAAUUGUUGAAAUUCAUUUUUUGGGAA